CGAUUGUUCCCUUGCACAUUGAAACCUCCAUCCUCCUCACAUAGUCAAGAUGGUCUUCGCCUGGAAAUCCGCUGGUCUGACCUACAACCGCUACCUGGCCGUCGCUGCUCGCGCGGUCCGCCGCUCCCUCCAGGACGGUCCUCGUCUCGCCGCCGAGCGCCGCGGAAAUAUGGACUUGCGUUUCGCCAAGUGGGAGAACGGCAAGCAGGGUGAAGUCAAGAACCUUGCCGAGGCCAACGAUCAGGCUAUCGCUGCUCAGGCCGAGAAGAAAUAAGCAUUCCGAUAAACCCCUAAACGCGCGGUGAAUGGUUGUAUUUUAGGACGUUGGAACAUAUCUAGGGGGAGAUGAGAAGCCGGAAGCAGGGAGGGCAGAAUCUUUGUAACGAUAUGGCCUGUCGAUAAGUUAUCAAUAGAAGGGUUGUUCCCUCCUUCUUCAACUCCGGAAAUAGAGUCACGUUCUCGAUUU